AUGGCCUUGCACAUCAUUUACAUUAGAGGUAAGCAGACGAGCAGAACACCGAGGAUACUUUACAGUUCCUACCCCAUAAACCGAGGAUUCAGUUCCUUAAAGACUCACGUGUGGGGCGUACCAACAGAGCCCACAUAUACCAGAAAGGUCAGGUUCAAGUCUAUUGAUGAUCCUCAACAAGGGUUGAAGGAGAUAGCAAGGUUCCUGAAUAAGUAUGUUUUUAUUUUUUUUACUGUGGAUCUACUUCAUGGUGACUACCAAAAUCUUUGUUUCUCUACAAAGUACUUUAAAAUUUCUAUGUCAGAAACUUGGCCUUACACCCCUCAAAAGAGACAGUAA